AUGGCCGACUCAGAGUUCGCGCCCAAGUUCGCGCCGUUCAUCGGCAUGGCCGGUAUUGCAAGCGCCAUGAUCUUUGGCUGCGCAGGAGCCGCAUACGGCACCGCAAAGGCAGGCAUCGGCAUCGCCGGCGUGGGCACCUUCCGGCCGGACCUGAUCAUGAAGUGCCUGAUCCCCAUCAUCAUGUCGGGCAUCCUGGCCGUGUACUCGCUCGUCAUCUCCGUGCUCAUCGCCCAGGACCUGCAGCCCAAGCAGAGCUACAGCCUGUUCAGCGGCUUCAUGCACCUCGCCUGCGGCCUGUCCGUCGGCCUCACCGGCCUCGCCGCCGGCUACUGCAUCGGCAUCGUCGGCGACAAGGGCGUCCGCGCCUACAUGUCCCAGUCGAGGGUCUUUGUCGGCAUGGUCCUGAUCCUCAUCUUCGGCGAGGUCUUGGGUCUGUAUGGGCUGAUUGUCGCUCUUAUCCUGAACACCAAGAGCAAGGGUUAA